CAAUAUUUCAGGGGAAGAGGAAGUUUAAAACUAGCUGACUUCUAAGAAGAAACAAAGUGAAUUGGAGAAACUUUGUUAGAAAAGUGAUUUAUCUAACUGCUGUUUAGAGACCAGUGAACCAAAUGGGACUUUAACUGAAAUGUUUAUGACGUGAAGUAAUUUAGGUCAAAACGGUGACUGGAGGAGUGACAGAUACAGACAUGCUUUCUUAUGAAACUUCUGAUUUACUGUGCUCAUUGUGCAAAACGAGAAACAAAACUACAGAAGCUGCCAAGUUUUGUGUGGAUUGUCGGGAUUAUUAUUGUUCAACUUGUGUCGAGUUUCAUGAUGACGUUCCUGCUUUAUCCCGGCACAAGAUUCUCGACAGUAGUCAGUUCCAACCAGGGGCUGGCCAGGUGCUACAAAUGGUUCCUACAGAACGCUGUGACAAGCACAGCCACAAACAUGUAGACAUGUAUUGUCUGAAUCAUGAUGAUGUUGGCUGUUCUGCAUGCAUGGCGGUAGAUCACAGAUUGUAUCAGGAUAUAUUCUACAUACCUGAUUUUAUCCAAAAUAAUGCUGACACAUCAGAUCCUCAAGCAAUUUAUCAAGAACUAGAUUCAACUACAGAUGUUCUGGAAGAUCAGCACAAAGAAGUCCAACUUGAAAAAGAAAGACUUCAGAAGAGUAAAGAUCAAAGUUUAAAGAAGAUGAAAGAAUUCAGAGUAGAAAUCAAUCAGCAUCUGGAUCAGCUAGAGCAAAAGUCUACGGCAGAUAUAGAGGGCAAAUACAAACCCAAGCUGGACAAACUUGAUGAACAAAUGGAUGCAAUUCAGAAAAAAAAGGUGAAAGUAUCAUCAGCUAAAGAUGAUUUAUCAACUGCCGGUGAGAAUGUAUCUCAAGUGUUUGUUAGCACUAAGAAAGGAAAAAUUGCUGCUGAUGAUGCACUGAAAUAUGUUGAUGAAAUAAAAAGGGACAUAAAGGGAAAAAACGAAGAGUUUAUACCUGAACGAACGCUGACAUCACUGUUGAAAGAACUUAAUCUUCUUGGUCAGUUAACUGAGACAGACACUGGAUGUUAUCAGCCAAAGCAAAAAGCAUCAGUAGUUACAAGUGGAGAAAACAGUAGUAAGAAACAAACAGGCAAAGCUUCACAAAAUGACUGCAAAACUUUAAUAAAGGUGAUAGAAAAGAAGAAUUAUAACAUUAGAAUACCAUCAGACAAAGAGGAGUGUAAUAUCUACAGUGUCUGUGACCUUGAUGAUGGAACGAUAAUACUAGCUGACUAUGGCAACAAGAAACUGAAGCGUGUGGACAGUUUAACAUACACUGUCACUAACUACUGCAAUGUAUCUGGUCAGCUAUACCAAGUAUGUAAGAUCAGUAACCAGGAAGUUGCUGUCAGUUGUGGUCUUUAUAAAUACAUUCAGUUUGUGUCACUUGGAAGUAAAAUGGUACCAACCAAACAGAUAAAAACUGACCACAGGUGUUAUGGUCUAGCUUAUGCUGCUGGACAUUUGUGUAUUUCAGACGAUACAUCAGUAUACAUAUAUACUGUAUCAGGCAGCAAGCUGCAGCGGUUCAACCCAUUUCAGUCUGGACAGAGACUGUUCUCUGACACCUACAGUCUAGCUGUCAGUAAUGAUGGUUCCAAGAUUUAUGUUGCUGACUUGGACUUUGGACUGAUCUCUUUUGACAGAAAUGGAAAGGUUCUUGGAAAAUUCAAUGGACCAGAGCUGGGACAAGCAAGUGAUGUUUGUACAACAAAUAAUGGAAGUGUGCUUGGGUGUGGGUAUAGAUCUAAGAAUGUUUUACAGUUUACUCCAGACUGUAAGAAGAUAGGGGAAGUAUUGAAAUGUGAUGCUGCAUGCAGUUCUGUCUGCUAUGAUCCUAAACAGAGCAAAAUUAUUGUUGGUUGUUGUAAUAACAACAUUGAUGUGUACAAGGUUGUUGAGUUAGAGAUAAACAUCUGAAACAAAAUGAUCCAUUUAUCUACAUUAGACAUUAACCAACCCGCUUCAUAUUAACCAGUAAAGACAGGAACUGUUCUCCAAUACCUUCAGUCUAGACCAGAGUUAAAACAUGCAGAGGAAUGUUUGUAUAAAAAAUAAUGGAGGUGUGCUUGUGUGUGGGUAUGGAUCUAAGAAUGUUUUACCGUUUACACCAGACUGUGAGAACAUAGGCAAAGUAUUGAAGUGUGAUGCUGCAUGCAGUUCUGUCUGCUAUGACACAAGACAGUGCAAAAUUAUUGUUGGUUGUAUAAUAACAACAUUGGUGUGUAGGAGGUUGUUUAGCUAGAGAUGAACACCUCAAUCAAAAUUAUCCACUUAACAUUAUAAAACAAUAUUUGGGAAAUAAUACAUAUAUAGUGACUAUAUGAUAUCAUACAUUUUGUAUCUGAUGUUUAAAUGCACCUUACAUUUCAAAUAAUGUUAUAGAUCUUGUAGUACAUAGUUACUUAAUAUAUUUUUCAUUGCUAUGUUUAUUUUCAUUUCCAUGCCAAUUCUACCAUAUUUAAAUCAAGUCUUAACUUGGCUUGUACAAUCUUUACACCUUGUGAUAUAACUAAUUGAUACUACUAUCCCUUAAACUAAUUGAGACAAUUUAAUAUUUGAUGUAACAUUUAUUACAAACAACAUAGUCUGAAUAAAAUAAACUAAUUUUGACUUGUACCAUCUGUCAACUCUGUGUAGUGACUGGACAAAACACUUUUGUCAUAUCAGACACAUUAAAUUGUCACCUACACUCAAAUUACUUUUCAAAAUUAAAUACAUUGUCAUUUUAUAUGUUUUCUAUGUAUUUUUUAUGAUAUUUGGGCAAAGCAGGCUAGCUUAAACUGGACUAUGUUAGGUAAUAUUGUUGAAAUCAUUUGUAAAAAGUGACACAUAAAAAUAAUAUUGUCAAAACAGUUCUUGUAGGACCUAAGUCUACUCUGUAAAACAGUUUUUCAUUGGCUAAAAACUUAAGUCCAAAAUUGUCUUAAUAAAUUUAAUUGGCAAAUGAAAUAAGUCCGCCUACCCCUUGAUUGGCACCUCGGAAACUACAAAAUGGGAGAUUUUAAGUGGAAGUCACAUCAACCUUCGUGACAGAAAUAAAGAGUGUUGCACUUAUUAGCACUUAUUAUCUUGUCAUUAUUAUUACAGGUAUGUGCAUUCUAUGUUAUUCUCUAUUUUUACAAGUUUUCAUAUUUUUCUUGUUAAGGACUUCAGCCUUAAACACAUUGCUUAUAUUUUACUACUUUGGCAUCUUUUAUGAAUAUGUUAAGGGAAACUUUUAUUCUAUACUGUUGUUUAUUUAUAUUUUAAGAAGUAAAAUUCUUUGUCAUAAAAUAAUGAUGAAAAACUCUUUUCUUGGCAUAAGAAUGAGUAGUAGCAUGCUAUAUUGUUAUACUUGUACAUUCUGAUGUGUGUAUGUUCAUGAGUGUUUAAUUCUUUAUAUUACAGUUUUCUUUCGUAUUGAUUUAGUUCAACUUUAUUUUCAUUUCAUGAAUUUUAGUAAAAUAGAUUUUGGCAUUACCAUAUUUUAGUUUUACAUCUGUGAGAUCAAAUAAUUAUUUUACUCUGUAAAACAGUUUUUCAUUGGCUAAAAACUUAAGUCCAAAAUUGUCUUAAUAAAUUUUAUUGGCAAAUAAAAUAAGUCCGUCUACCCCAUGAUUGGCACCUCGGAAACUACAAAAUGCGAGAUGGUAAGUAGAAGUCACAACCACAGGCACGGUCCAGUGUAUAUUUUUUUGUUUGAUAUAAAAAAAAUGUUUUUUUUUCUCACACAAAUAUACUUUAUAUAUGUUAGUCAAAUGAAAAAAAAAUCGAUGACAAAAAAUCUGGUCACAAUAUCAUAUACAUGGAAAAGGUGAACUAUGCGAGCGUAACGCUAUGGGAAGCUACUCUGCAAACUUGUAGAACAUUUCAAAAUCGGAGUUUAAACACUUGCAGCCGCUACCUGCAUGAUUGCACCUUCAAAACAUUUAAAAGGUCAGAUGUUGUUAUUAUUUGCCGGCUUCGGAUUGGUUGAAAAAUGUGUAGGGAAACCCGUAACAUUCAAUGAGACUUCAGCUGAUUGGUUAAAAAUGUGUUGCUUUGAAUCAUGAAAAUAUCCUUAAAAUCUGGAAAUAUAAUGUUUUCUGUGCAUUUUGAAGUAUUUUAUAGCUGCCUGGCUAUAUAUUUAACUUUGAAAUUAGCAAUUUAGUGAAGUCAGUACUUGUUGGAAUUCACCACUAAAUUCAAUGCACAGUUGAGGGUGGUUGUCUUUGAAUGGAAACAGAAAAAAAAUGGAUCCUGCAUGCCCAUGUAAAAGUGUUAUUUUUUUGUGUCUGGAAGGCUAUUUAUCAGGGUAAAUGGCACCUCAUGUGUCAACAAAAGUUUUAAGGGGGUCCUACAGAGUCAUUUCUUACAAUGUAAGCCUAUGGAAAAAUUAAUAGCAGUGUGACCUAAAGCCUUCCAUAAAUACUAAACUGAUCCCAUAAAUUGCUUUGAAAUACACAGUACAAGUCCCUAGGAGCGAAAUAUUUCAAAUAUCCCCGGCGAUUUCAGCUGCCAAACGAAGUGAUAAAAACCAGGAACACGUCCGCUAUCUGGAAUGAAAUCACCGGGAAUAACUGAAAUAUUUCGCUCGUAGAGACUUGUACUGUGUUUUUCAAAGCAAUUUAUGGGGUCAGUUUAGUAUUUAUGGAACGCUUUAAAUGUUUCGAAGGUGCAAUCAUGCAGGUAGCGGCUGCAAGUGUAUAAACUCCGAUUUUGAAAUGUUCUACAAGUUUGCCGAGUAGCUUCCCAUAGCGUUACGCUCGCAUAGUUCACCUUUUCAAUGUAUAUGAUACUGUGACCGGACUUUUUGUCAUCGAUUUUUUUUUCGUUUGACUAACAUAAAAGUUUGUGUGAAAAAAAAGGAUUUUUUAUAUUAAACAAAAAAAUAAACACUGGACCCGUGCCUGUGGUCAGAACAACCUUCGUGACAGAAAUAAAGAGUAUUGCACUUAUCAUCUCGUCAUUAUUAUUACAGGUAUGUGCAUUCUAUGUUAUUCUCUAUUUUUACAAGUUUUCAUAUUUUUCUUGUUAAGGACUUCAGCCUUAAACACAUUGCUUAUAUUUUACUACUUUGGCAUCUUUUAUGAAUACCUUAAGGGAAACUUUUAUUCUAUACUGUUGUUUAUUUAUAUUUUAAGAAGUAAAAUUCUUUGUCAUAAAAUAAUGAUGAAAACUCUUUUCUUGGCAUUAGAAUGAAUAUUCUUGCAUACCAGACGGGGAUUUCUGGUAUUUUUAUCGGUGCUGGAAAAAUCCAUCUUACACCCCGGGGUGUAAGAUGACUCUCGUGUUGUAAAUGACGUAUUACAAACUACAUAUAUAUGUAGCAAUUUAUAUUUUAUUCAUUCUUAUGCCAAGAAAACAGUUACCCUAGAGGCCGGAAAUUCCCAUCUGCACCUAUCACAGGUGAAAGAAUCUUAUAGUAGCAUGCUAUUUUGUUAUACUUGUACAUUCUGAUGUGUGUAUGUUCAUGAGUGUUUAAUUCUUUGUAUUACAGUUUUCUUUCGUAUUGAUUUAGUUCAACUUUAUUUUCAUUUCAUGAAUUUUAGUAAAAUAGAUUUUGGCAUUACCAUAUUUUAGUUUUACAUCCAUGAGAUCAAAUAACUGCAUUGGUAAAUCUUGGAAUUAUAUUCCUAGUACCUCUUGCUUUACUAAGUGAGUGUUCAUGUUUGAAUGUUUAGACUUUGCUUUUUCCCCACAGCAAACAUUUCUGAGUAGAGAUUCUUCUAUAUAAAUUCUGUAAAAUUAAGUAGAAUAUUGUUUGGUAUAAAUCCUUAUUAGAAUAUUUUAAGUAAUGCCAUGAUCUAGAUUAUUUUAUUGUUAACAUUAUGUUUAUUAUAUGCUACAUAUGAUAUCGGUAUGUAAUAUAUAUUUGUUCCACAAUAACCUUCGUGAAAGAAAUAAAGAGUAUUGCACUUA